AUGUGGCUCCCGCUUGCGCUCGUCCUGCUGGCUGCAGACGCGUUAGCGGUCAAGCGACACGACUUUAAAACAUGCGAGCAGUCUGGCUUUUGUAAACGCGGGAGAGCUCUGGCCGCUCGUGCCAAGGCAGCGUCGUCGACGUGGAAAUCGCCUUACUCCGUCGACGCCUCUUCAGUAGCUAUUUCGGCCCAAAAGUCGAGCUUUACGGCCUCUGUCGUCUCUUCUCUCUAUCCGGAGAUUAAAUUCGAGCUCGAAGUGCGUGCACAUGAUGAUGGAACCUUUCGAGUUCGCAUGGACGAGGUAGACGGACUGCGAAAGCGCUACGACGAGACUGCUAAAUGGGCUCUUAUUCGAGAACCAACACUCAGUGAUGCAAUUUCAUGGAAGCAGACGAAGAAGGAGAUCAAGGCGACGAAUCCAAAGUCGGGCGUCGAAUUCAGGGUGCAGUUUGCACCUCUUAGAAUUGCCUUGUCACGAAAUGGAAAGGAGGAGGUUGUGCUCAAUGGGAACGGACUUCUACACAUGGAACAUUUCCGACUCAAGGACGAGCCCAGCACUGAGCAGCCGCCGGUGGAGAACCAAGAAGGCGAAGAACAGGUCGUUAUGGAACCACCAGUCAAACCCAAUGCAUGGUUUGAAGGAGAUCAACCCCCACAAUGGGAGGAAUCAUUUGGAGGUCAAACCGAUACUAAGCCCAAGGGUCCUGAAUCCCUGUCGCUCGAUAUCUCGUUCCCUGGGCAUGGUCAUCUCUAUGGCCUUCCUGAACAUGCUACUCGUAUGGACCUUCCUACAACCACUGGUGAAAAUGCCAAGUAUAAGGACCCUUACCGCCUGUAUAAUCUCGACGUCUUCGAGUACGAGGCAGAUUCGGAGAUGGCCUUGUAUGGUGCUGUCCCACUUGUGCAUGCCCACAGCACUCAUUCGACUGUCGGAGUGUUCAAUGCCAUUGGCUCAGAGACGUGGGUCGAUGUGGAUCACCCAACUUCGGAUUCAACGGAGACUCACUGGAUAUCCGAGUCUGGUAUCAUGGAUGUCUUCUUCCUGCCAGGACCGACCCCAGACGACGUCUUCAUGCAAUAUGCUCGUCUCACAGGAACACCCGCUCUUCCGAGACAUUUUGCACUUGCCUACCACCAGUGCAGAUGGAAUUAUAUCAGUUCUACGGACGUGAGGGAGGUUCAGGCACGCUUUGACCAGGAUGAUAUCCCAUUCGACGUACUCUGGUUAGAUAUCGCCUAUGCUCCAAACCACAAAUACUUCAUCUGGGAUGAGAAGACCUUCCCAGAUCCAGUCGACAUGUUUAAUGAUGUUGCGGCCUUUGGGCGAAAGAUGGUUGUUAUCAUCGAUCCUCAUCUCAAGAAGGACACAACAUACCCAGUCUAUAAGUCUGCCUCGGAAAAGGGUUUACUCGUCAAACCCGCGUCUGGUUCUGGUGAAUAUGAUGGAUGGUGCUGGCCAGGCAGCAGUGCCUGGGUCGACUAUUUUAACCCUGCAAGCUGGGACUGGUGGCAAGGCCUCUUCAAGAUCGAAGGCAACAGUGGCGAUUUCCAUUGGAGGCAGAGCACGACCGACGUCUUUAUCUGGAACGACAUGAACGAACCUUCCGUCUUUAAUGGACCCGAGAUCACGAUGCCAAAGACGAAUAUCCACCAUGGAGGAUGGGAGCAUCGAGACGUGCACAACAUCAACGGGAUGCUCUUCCAAAACGCAACAGCACAAGCCGUGAUGCAUCGUACGGAUCCUCCUCAGCGACCGUUUGUGCUCUCUAGAGCGUUCUUCGCUGGAUCGCAGAGGCUUGGCGCUAUUUGGACUGGUGAUAAUCUUGGUACAUGGGAGCAUAUGGCUAUCGGGAUCCCUAUGGUGCUCAGUAAUGGCAUAGCGGGCAUGACUUUCUCCGGAGCGGACGUUGGAGGUUUCUUCGGCAACCCCGAUCCAGAGAUGCUCACACGCUGGUAUCAAGUCGGCGCAUUCGCACCCUUCUUCCGUGCUCACGCACACAUUGACACGAAGCGACGCGAACCGUAUCUCCUGGAUGAGCCUUUUAAGUCGAUCAUUCGCGACGUCAUUCGACUUCGUUACUCGUUGUUACCCGUUUGGUACACGGCAUUCCGACAGGCUAGCGUUUCUGGAAUCCCGGUUCUCAGGCCUCAAUAUACCGUCUUCCCGCACGAUCCAAAAGGCUUCUCCUUGGACGAGCAAUACUAUAUCGGCUCCUCUGGUCUACUUGUCAAGCCCGUGACCGCACCAGGAAUCGCAGAGACCCAAAUAUAUCUUGCAGAGGCGCAGCCAUAUUAUAACUACUUCACGGCCAAGAUCUACCGAGGGAAGCGCUCCGGAACCAACGUGACUGUUCCUGCUACGCUGUAUCAGGUUCCACUUCUCAUCCGAGGUGGAUCCAUCAUCCCAACGCGUGAGCGCCCGCGUCGCUCGUCUGCACUGAUGGCACGCGACCCGUUCACACUUCGAAUUGCACUCGACGCUUCCGAGCAAGCAGAAGGAGAGCUGUACCUUGAUGAUGGAAACUCGUACGAAUACGAAAAGGGUCAUCUCGUAUGGCGCAAGUUUACUGCGUCCAAGGUUGCCAAAGGUCCCCUCAAGAUCACCAGUGAAGAUAUGGCGGCACUCCAGGGAGGCAAGAACGUGGUCGACGGCGUGGAUGUUGUACCUUUUGGAUCUCAGGCACCUAAUGCGUUCAGAGACGCGAUCCAGGGUGUUAGAGUCGAGAAUGUGCUUGUCUACGGACUCAAGUCGAGGCCGACCAAGGUGUCUGUGGGUGGAGCGGAGAUUGAAUGGGAAUUUACAGAGGGGGCAGCUGCAAAGAGCAGUAGCGAAGGAACAGCAACCAUUCUGCGGAUCCGCGAUCCUGCGGUCAAAAUUGUCAACGACUGGAGCAUCGAGGUGGCAUUCUAA